CCUAUAAGGUCUCAGGAGGUCUCCAUGGAGGAAUGGAGGUACAAGGGAUGACAUAAUGGAGGACCACCAGGAUGUCAGGAGGGAGAAUCAGCCGCCCCUCAUGCCACCUGAUGGAUCCAGUCAUGGGAACCCACCAGAGAGAUGUCCCCGUCCUCUGUAUUCCCAGGAUUCCACACAGGAAGGUCCCACCAUCCCUCACCAUCAUCAGAGUGGAAAUUUGCACAAUAUUCCAAUUAAAAAAGAGAUAAAAAAAGAGGAAGAAGAGGAGGAGGAGGGUGUUACAGAGGAGCUGGACUGUGUAGAAGGACACAAGGAUCUCUACAAGGGCCUCAUGAUGGACAAUCAGCCGCCCCUCACAUCACUGGAUGGAUCCAGUAAUGGGAACCCACCAGAGAGAUGUCCCCGUCCUCUGUUUUCCCGGGUUUCCACAGAUCGCACCAUCCCUCACUAUAACCAGGGUGAAGAAGUGAUGGGUAUAAAAAUUAUGGUUAAAGAGGAAGAAGAGACGCAUGUAAUGGGUGAUCAGCUGAAUAUAGAAGAAGAUCAAAUGAUGGCGACCAUUACCAAGGAGGAAUCUUCUCUAGGUGGAGACAAUGGCUGGGAUACCUCAAAAGGACAUCUUAUUUUAUCUCCUGAAGAUAAUGACAUGGCCCAAAAUUCUCCAGAAGUAAGCAUUAGUACUCGAAAUAUACAUCAGAAGACACAGUCAAGAAAGUGCUCAUUUUCUUGUACGGAGUGUGGGAAAGGUUUCAAUGGGAAUCACGCUCUUCUAAAUCACCAGCGAACCCACACCAACGAGCGCCCAUUUUCUUGUCCGGAUUGUGGCAAACGCUUCAAAGUUUAAAUUCUGUCUUGAUCGACACGUGAAACUUCAUGAAAAUAACGAUUCACUGUCCUGUUUAGAGUGUGGCAAGUCAUUUGAAAAGAAAUACGACCUCCUCGUCCAUCAGAGGAGCCACGCUGGCAAGGAGGUCUUUCCUUGCACGGAAUGCAAAAAAAACGUUCUUAAAAAAAUAUGACCUGGCUGUCCACCUGAGAACCCACUCAGGAGAAAAGCCCUACUCAUGUUCUGAGUGCAGCAAGUCAUUCAAAAAUAGACGAGACCUCGUUCCACACCAGAGGAUCCACACCGGGGAAAAGCCCUUCUCGUGUUCUGAGUGCGGAAAGUCUUUUACCCACAAAUCUCAACUCAAAACGCACCAGAUAGUCCACACCGGUGAGAAGCCCUUUUCCUGUUCUGAGUGCGGCAAAUCCUUCCCCAGUAAAGGGAACCGUGAUAAACACAUGAGGAUUCACACCGGC